GACAACGGUGACAACGGUGACAACGGUGACAACAGUGACAACGGUGACAACGGUGACAACGGUGACAAUGGUGACAACAGUGACAACGGUGACAACGGUGACAACAGUGACAACGGUGACAACGGUGACAACGGUGACAACGGUGACAACAGUGACAACAGUGACAACGGUGACAACGGUGACAACGGUGACAACAGUGACAACGGUGACAAUGGUGACAAUGGUGACAACAGUGACAACGGUGACAACGGUGACAACGGUGACAAUGGUGACAACAGUGACAACAGUGACAACAGUGACAACGGUGACAACGGUGACAACAGUGACAACAGUGACAACAGUGACAACGGUGACAACAGUGACAACGGUGACAACAGUGACAACAGUGACAACGGUGACAACAGUGACAACAGUGACAACGGUGACAACGGUGACAAAGGUGACAACGGUGACAACGGUGACAACGGUGACAAUGGUGACAACAGUGACAGCGGUGACAACGGUGACAACGGUGACAACGGUGACAACAGUGACAAAGGUGACAACUGUGACAACAGUGACAAUGGUGACAACGGUGACAACAGUGACAACGGUGACAACCCUGACAACGGUGACAAUGGUGACAACUGUGACAACAGUGACAACGGUGACAACGGUGACAAUGGUGACAACGGUGACAAUGGUGUGGUGACAACGGUGACAACAGUGACAACGGUGACAACGGUGACAGUGGUGACAACAACGGUGACACGGCGACAACAGUGACAACGGUGACAACUGUGACAACAGUGACAACGGUGACAACAUGAGUGACAACGGUGACAACAGUGACAAUGGUGAUAACAGUCACAAUGGUGACAACGGUGACAACGGUGACAACGGUGAAAACAGUGAAAACAGUGACAACGGUGACAACGGUGACAACAGUGACAACGGUGACAACGGUGACAACAGUGACAACAGUGACAACGGUGACAACAGUGACAACGGUGACAACAGUGACAACAGUGACAACGGUGACAACGGUGACAACAGUGACAACGGUGACAACAGUGACAACAGUGACAACAGUGACAACGGUGACAACAGUGACAACGGUGACAACAGUGACAACGGUGACAACAGUGACAACAGUGACAACGGUGACAACGGUGACAACAGUGACAACAGUGACAACGGUGACAACGGUGACAACAGUGACAACGGUGACAACAGUGACAACGGUGACAACAGUGACAAUGGUGACAACAGUGACAACAGUGACAACAGUGACAACGGUGACAACGGUGACAAUGGUGACAACAGUGACAACUGUGACAACGGUGACAAUGGUGACAACGAUGACAACAUUGAGAACAGUGACAACGGUGACAACAGUGACAAUGGUAACAACGGUGACAGGUGACAAUGGUGACAACGGUUACAACAGUGACAACGGCGACAACAGUGACAACAGGGCAACAGUGACAAAGGUGACAACGGUGAGAAUGGUGAGAACGGUGACAACAGUGACAACAGUGACAACGAUGACAACAGUGACAACAAUGACAACGGUGACAACGGUGACAACGGUGACAACAGUGACAACGGUGACAAUGGUGACAACGGUGACAACGGUGACAACAGUGACAACAGUGACAACGGUGACAACGGUGACAACAGUGACAACAGUGACAACGGUGACAACAGUGACAACGGUGACAACAGUGACAACGGUGACAACAGUGACAACGGUGACAACAGUGACAAGGUUAAGAACGGUGAGAAGUGACAACGGUGACAACAGUGACAACAGUGACAACGGUGACAACAGUGACAACAGUGACAACGGUGACAACAGUGACAACGGUGACAACAGUGACAACAGUGACAACGGUGACAACAGUGACAACGGUGACAACGGUGACAAGUGACAACAGUGACAACAGUGACAACAGUGACAACGGUGACAACAGUGACAACGGUGACAACGGUGACCACGGUGACAACAGUGACAACGGCGACAAUGGUGACAACAGGGACAACAGUGACAACGGUGACAACAGUGACAACAGUGACAAAAGUGACAACAGUGACAACGGUGACAACGGUGACAACGGUGACAACAGUGACAACGGUGACAACAGUGACAACGGUGACAACGGUGACAACAGUGACAACGGUGACAACAGUGACA